AUGUCACACCCCGACAACAACCCAUGGCAAGACGAGUCCAGCGCAACCGGCGGCAACCACCAAGGCUAUGCGAAUCCCAACCCCUACUCAACAUACCAGGAUCAAACACAGUCCCGUGACCCAUACGCUGCAGACCCCCAUCAAGGACAAUACCAACCUCCCUCUAACCCUCCCCCUCACCAACAACCUCUGAGCUCCCACCCUCCAGAGCGCUACUACGGAACUGGCACCACAACCCACGACGACGCCGGCUGGGGCGAAUCCCAACCCUACCAGCCCCCACCCCCUCAAGUCCAACAACAACAACAAUCACCAUACGCCCAAGCCCCUCCCCAACCCAACCACCACGGCGAAACACCCCCCGGCCUGCCGCCACGCCGCUCGGCCACAGACAUCGCGCUGCCCACAGGCCAGGACCGCACGCACCAGAUCGAGGUCAUGCAGAGCUACGAAGCAGCGUGGAAGGAAAGACGAACACGACCAGAAUGUGGAGAUGCUGCAGCGAGAGUUCCCGAAGAUUGA